AUGGCUGUGUAUUUUGACAAUCGUAUUGAACUUCUUGAUUCGUCUGCAUCUCCGUCCUUGAUUUCCUGGCAUAGUCACUACCCGCUGCUGGCUUUAACCUGUUUAAGUCCGAUUGGAGGGGGUAGUGUGGAUAUCUAUAAUGAACUGGGAGAUCAUAUGAAUGGAACACACGUGGAGAGGUCCUAUCAGCCCACUAUGCUUCGAUGGCACCCAACAAGACGUAUUUUAGCUGUGGGCUGGGCUACGGGUGAAGUGGUAGCAUUUAAUGAGCAAGACAAAGAGCAACACGCUGUACCAACAACUCAUAGCGCGGAGAUCACAGUGCUGGAGUGGGGCAGCAACAAUAACCGCCUAGUCUCAGGAGAUGCUCUCGGUGUGCUUGUAGUAUGGCGUCUGGACCAACGUGGACGGGUACAUGGAACGCCCUUGCUGAAGCUUGAAUAUCACAAAGUUAUGACCUAUUGUCUCUUUAAACCUUUAGGUCCUGAAGAGGACAUGGCUCAGCUGGCCAAAGCUGCAGUGAGUGGGGAUGAAAAAGCAUUGGAUAUGUUUAACUGGAAGAAAUCUGGAAAGGGCAGCCCCAUGAAGACUGGUGCACAGCAGGAUUUCUCAUUCUUCCUCGGUGCAGUAGAUGGUUGUGUUCAUUGGAUAAAUGAGCAGGGUAAAACCAAGCAGCUAGUAUGUGUGGACAACCCAGUUCAAAGGCUGUUUUUCAUGGAGAAGAAGGCUUUUUUGGUGGUGAUUACAGAAAACCUGCUGCUAUCCCAGUUCUUCUUUAGUCCAGAAGGAGCAGUUCAGGAGAUUACAAAGGUGAAGCUGACAGGAAAGAUCGGGCAGGCUGCUGACAUCCUUUGGGUGGAUAACAGACUGUUGAUUACUGCAACGGGGGAACCUGUGAUAAGGUUUUGGGAUCUGGAGCGAGAUGACAAUUAUGUGCUUUCUCUGGAUGACCAAUUGGGCUUUGAAAGUGGGGAGACAAUAAACUGUAUUUCUUUCUGUCAAGAUAAAGCCAUCCUGGCAGCUGGAACCAACAAGGGUCACGUGGCAAUGUGGAAUAAAGUGCCUCCUACAUUGCAGAAUGUUAAUGGAAAGGAAAGUUGGAAACUUCAGACGCCAACAGAACUUGAAGGAAAUGUUGCACAAAUAGCGUGGGGCUCUUCCGUGAACCUUCUGGCAGUCAACAAUCUCAGCUCUGUUGUAGUCCUCAGCGAGCAAGUCAUGUGCUCUCAUUUCAACCAACAAGUAGCAGCUGCACAAGUUGCACCAGCUCAGCUUAAUGUGACGUACUUCGGAACGGACAGCGCACACAGCUUGCGGGCAGACUUACAUAUCAAGGGAGUCUUUGUCACAAAGGACAGAGUUGCUGUAUGGAAUGGGAAACAAGUCUUAGUGUAUGAACUAGCUGGACUUAUUCUAAAAAACAUAGGUUCCUUCAUGUGUGAGUCUACAGUGUUGGUGAUGAACGAGGAAAACAUUUACACCGUAGAGCUUAAGAGUGUCCAGGUUCGAACGUUGCAGGGUACUGUGAAGCAGAGUCUACUCUUCAGUGAGGCAGAAGGAAACCCGUGUGUGUUGCAUAUUUGUGGGAGCUUCCUGACGGUCACAACUGAUACUGCCCACUUUAAGAUCUUCAAUCUGUCUCGAUGGGAGGCCAAAGCUCACAGCGAUUGCAAAAAUCUGUCUGAACUUGUACCGGGUCUUGGAAGCAUCGUGUCUGCGAAAUGUAAUUUAAAUGGCAGCAAAGUCAGCCUCCUCGCAAACAAGACUGAUGGCCAUCUGGACUCAAAAAUAUACGUGUAUGAUGUUGAAUUGGAUACGGUAACAUUCUUUGACUUCUGGAAUGGACAGACGGAGCAAGAAUCAGAAUCAAACCUCCCAAGAAACACCAAAUUACUUGAUCGCAUUCCAAUAAGCCACUAUUGGGAUCAGAGUGAUCCUCGUCUGUUUGUUUCUGAGGCCAUGCUAGCUGUUCCAAAAUCACUGAACUCCUCACCCAAGCAUGAAACAGACAAGCAAGUAGAGAUCUCUCAACUGAAGGAAGACAUCUUGGUCAUGUCAUUCUUUAGCACCCAAGAAAACGAGCUCUUUCUCCAAGAUAGUUUCCCACGACCUGCUAAUCUCCAUUCUCUCCUUGGGAUCGAAGUGCCACAUUACUAUUUCACAAAGAAGCCCGGGGAGGAGGAAAAAUCAGUAGAGCCAGAGAUGGGAACACCAAGGAUUCCACAAAUGGUGGCAAAGAGAGCCCUUCGAGACUUCACUGGGCUAGAAGAGUGUGAUAAAACUACCCGCGAGGCCAUACUCAACUUUAGCUUCUACCUCACUGUAGGAGACAUGGACGAAGCCUUUAAAUCUAUCAGGCUCAUCAAAAGUGAAGGGGUAUGGGAGAACAUGGCCCGCAUGUGUGUGAAGACACGGCGACUUGAUGUGGCCAAGGUGUGCCUGGGGAAGAUGGGUCAUGCCCGCGGUGCCCUAGCCCUGAGAGAAGCAGAGAAAGAGCCAGAGACAGAAGCCAGGGUAGCCAUGCUUGCCAUUCAGCUCGGCAUGUUGGAAGAUGCUGAGCAACUGUACAAAAGCUGCAAACGUUAUGAUCUGCUAAAUAAGUUUUACCAGGCUUCAGGAAGGUGGCAAGAGGCCAUCGAAACAGCAGAGAACCAUGACCGAAUUAACCUGCGCACCACUUUCUACAACUAUGCCAAACACCUGGAGUUUAUGGGGGAGCGUGACCUCUCUAUAAAUUACUAUGAGAAAUCUGGCACUCACAAUUCUGAGGUUCCAAGGAUGCUGCAAAAGGACCCUCCGGCUUUGGAGAGCUACAUACGCAAGAAGAACAGCAAGGAACUCUGGAAAUGGUGGGCUCAAUACUUGGAGAGUAGGUCAGACCUUGAGUCCGCCCUCAAGUACUAUGAGAUGGCUCAGGAUUACCUCUCGCUGGUCCGUGUACACUGCUAUCUUGGAAAUAUUCAAACAGCAGCAGAAAUAGCUAAUGAAACAGGUGACCGUGCAGCAUCCUAUCACCUAGCACGUCAUUAUGAGACUGAAGGGGAGAUUAAACAGGCAGUUCAUUUCUACACCAGAGCACGUGCAUUCAACACUGCCAUCCGGCUCUGCAAGGAAAAUAACCUUGAUGACCAACUAAUGAACCUGGCUUUGCUAAGCAAUCCUGAAGACAUGAUGGAAGCUGCCAGAUAUUAUGAGGAGAGGGGAGAACAGAUGGAUAGGGCUGUCAUGCUUUUCCACAAGGCAGGCCAUAUUUCGAAGGCCCUAGAGCUGGCUUUCGCCACAGAACAAUUUGGUGCACUACAGUUGAUUGCAGAGGAUUUGAAUGAGAAAUCCAACCCGGCUCUGCUUUCCCGUUGCUCAGAGUUCUUCAUCGAGCAUAGUCAAUUUGAGAAGGCUGUUGAAUUACUGCUAUCAGCUAAAAAGUUCUACGAUGCUCUACAGCUAUGCCUUGAACAAAACCUUGUUAUUACGGAGGACAUGGCUGAAAAGAUGACUGUAUCUGAAGCCUCUAAGGAGCUGAGCGAUGAGGCACGAAGGGAGCUUCUUGAGCGGAUAGCUGACUGCUGUAUGAGGCAAGGAAAUUAUCACCUUGCCACCAAAAAAUAUACACAGGCUGGGAACAAAAUAAAGGCCAUGAGAUCCUUACUAAGAUCUAGCGACACUGAGAAAAUUGUGUUCUUUGCUCGUGUCUCAAGACAGAGAGAAAUCUACAUCAUGGCAGGCAAUUACCUGCAGUCUCUGAACUGGCGCAGUGACCCUAACAUCAUAAAAAAUGUAAUCAGCUUUUACACAAAAGGCGGCGCUCUUGACCUCUUAGCUGACUUCUAUGAAGCCUGUGCACAAGAGGAGAUUGAUGAGUAUAAAAAUUAUGAGAGAGCUCUGGGAGCUCUAACUGAAGGUUACAAAUGCCUUUCCAAAGCUGUGAUGCGGAGUCCUGAGGAGCAGGAGAGGAAAUUGUCCUAUAUGCAGAGCAAGAUGACUCUUGUGAAGAGAUUUAUCCAGACUCUUAGAUUAGAAGACGGGCAGGAAACUAUCAAACAGUGUGGGCUGCUACUGCAAGAACCUGAUCUAGACGGAGCCAUCCGUAUUGGGGAUGUCUAUGGGCUGCUGGUAGAAAACCACAACAAACAGGGAGAUUUCCAAACGGCAUACCGUUACCUGGAGGAAUUGCGUGCCAAGAUGCCCUCGAAAAACCUGACACACUAUGUGGCGCAGAGCACCGUGGAAGCCAUACAUCGUGCCCUGGCCAUCCCAAUCAAGGAGGAAGAUUAAAAGAAAGUAUAUGUGUAUAUAUGGUGUUAAUUUAUUAUAUUUGCUGUUUGUUAUAAUGAAGCUAUAUUUUUUUAUAUUAAACUUUGUUCUUUCACAGCCAACAUAUUAAAAGAAUAUUGAUUUAUGUACUGUCAUAUAUAUUCUUCAAAAAUCCAAUAAAAAAAAUUUGUAUAA